AUGUUCAAGACAACUGUGAUCUCAGCAUUACUCGCAUCAGCAACCUUAGUCUCAGCGGGAGGUCCUGCUGAAAUCUGUACAAGCAAAGGUGGUACAAGCUGUACAGAGUAUCAAAUUACCAAGGACUGUUGUGCGGCAGUUGAUCAAAACACUCGCUUCGAUGAGGUCUUUACUCAAUGUAUUCCACUUCUUGCUAACGGUAUAAACACUGGUGGUAUGGUUGAAUGUUGUGAAAGCAGAGGUGCUGGAAGUGCUGAAGUAAAAAUCGGCGCGGAUAAGCUUUUCAAGACAACUGUGAUCUCAGCAUUACUCGCAUCAGCAACCUUAGUCUCAGCGGGAGGUCCUGCUGAAAUCUGUACAAGCAAAGGUGGUACAAGCUGUACAGAGUAUCAAAUUACCAAGGACUGUUGUGCGGCAGUUGAUCAAAACACUCGCUUCGAUGAGGUCUUUACUCAAUGUAUUCCACUUCUUGCUAACGGUAUAAACACUGGUGGUAUGGUUGAAUGUUGUGAAAGCAGAGGUGCUGGAAGUGCUGAAGUAAAAAUCGGCGCGGAUAAGCUUGUAUGUAGUCGUUAA